GCACAGUUCGUGCUUGCUUCUCAUUGUGCCUCAGCAGUUGCUCACUCCGAAACCAUCGAGCUUUUCAUUUCCAGCGAUAAGAUAAGCCCCUAUCUGCCAUAUCGAGUCGCAGUGUCGCAGCAAAAGAAUUCAAUAGCGAAUCGUUGGCUCUUGUGCAGUGUGCUAGCCAAAACGGAACAAAUCCAAACUCCAUGACAAAGAAUGACGCCCAGAGUGAACUUUGCCCUCAGCCCAAAACUACUGCUGCUCCUGCUCCUGCUGCUGGUGGGUUCAUCCAGGCCGGAGCGCAUCGAUGCCAACGAUGAGGAGGUGGAUCGUUUUUGCUAUCCCGCCGCGCAUCGCAAUACGCGUCUCUCGUGCGAGUGCAGCAAUGUGAGUGCCGCGCCGUGGGGCAUGCGUGCCCUGCACAUUGAUUGCAGCUACAAGGACUACAAGACGGAGGAUCUAACCGAGUUGCUGCCCUUAUAUAUCGACACCUUGGAUCUGUCGUGGAACAAGCUGAAUCGUGCGCCCAGCUUCAAUAGCGACAGCCUGCGUCUGCUCAAUCUGAUGCACAACAACAUAAGCGCCAUUGCGUCGAGCAAUUUCGAGCGUGUGGCCAGCCUGCGGGAACUGUAUCUGGGCUGGAACAGCAUACAGCAGCUGGAGGCGCAAUCGUUUGCCGGGCUGCCGCACCUGCAGGUGCUCAACUUGGCGCACAACAAUCUGCACUCGCUGCCCGGCCAGAUCUUUGCGCCGCUGCUGGUGCUGAGCACCUUGGAGCUGUCCUGGAACAGGCAGCUGAACCAGACCAACGGCCAGGAGCUGUACAGCAGCUAUGGCAUUAAUCCGAAGCUGGACACACUGCGUCUGGAUGCGUGCAAUCUGAGCGAACUGAAGCUGCCGAUCGAAGCACCAUUGCGGGAACUCUCGCUGCGUCGCAAUCUCUUCCAGCGUGUGCCCGGCCAGCUGCCCGCGGCGCUGCAGCGUCUCGACAUAAGCGAGAAUUUGCUGGAGCGGCUGCUGCCACAGGAUGCGGCCAAUCUGACCCAGCUGCGUCAGCUAUAUGUGGAGGAUAUGCCCCUGCUGCAAGGGAUCGCGGCACACGCGUUCGCCCCGCUGCGCGAAAUCGAGGAGAUGAGCUUCCAGAAUAGCCGCCGGCUUGGCUGGCUGGAUGGCGAUGCCUUUACACUGGAGAAUGGCGAAUCGAUGCUGCCGCCGCUGCACAUCUUGAGUUUUCGUGGCACUUUGCUGCGCAAUUUUAAUGUCACUUUGUCACCGGUUUUUAGGCAACUUACCCAGUUGGAUCUCAAUGGUGUGCCGCUUCACUGCGACUGCCAGCUAGCCUGGCUCAAGGAUCUGGCCAUACAGACGAACGGACGUUGCCUGCGACCCGCUCGAGUGCGCGGCAUGCUCGUCUCUUCGGUGCGUGAGGAUGAGUUUAGCUGCGAAAGAUGGCCCAGAUGGGCGUACGGAUUGAUCAUCUUGGGCCUAAUUGGAGUCUGUGCCGCGGGCGUUUAUCUAAUUGUGAUGGGCCUGCGACCGCAUCGAGGCGUCACAAUGCGACGCAAAGUGGGCGCCGGCAGUCCCUAUGCCCGUGUCACCAUCGAACCCAAUCGCCAGGAGAACCUGCACUAAGAACCUGUCUUUUACGACUAGACAAGGCCCAAUACUUAAGUCUGUGUUAAUUUUUUCUAUAUUUAUAUACAUAUAUAUAUUAAACUAAAGGAAUGCUAAUGCAUAUUUUAUGAGA